ACACUUGUGCUUGGAAUAUUAUACAACAAAACGCAGCGACUAAGUACCACUGCAAUUUAAAGGAUUAUUUGUCAAUUAAAUUGAAGAUUAGAGGGUUAGCAAACAAGACAAAACGAUGAGUAACUUUACAGCGGUACUUAACCUGGUGAGACAGCGUUUAAUAGCCCCGGCGUUGUCCAAUCCUGUGCGGAGCUACGCCGUGAAACCGGCGGCGCCAGCGGGAAAGAAAAAGAAGCUGGGAAAGCUGGGUCCCAUUAUGGAGAAGAAGAUCAUUCCAGUGGAGACGGAUGCCAACAAGUUGGUGAACUACGUUUGCGGAAGCAACUACCUGAAGACCGGACAGGAUGUCAAGAUCAAGCCAGAUGCCGAGUAUCCUGAAUGGCUUUGGACUCUGAACACGGAACGCAUCAUUCCGCUGGAUGAACUGGAUCCCAACACCAAGCAGUACUGGAGGCGACUUCGGAAAUUGGCCCUGCGGCGAAACAACCAGCUAUCCAAGCUGAAAAAGUUCUAGAAGCUGUAACAACGGCUAGCCGUAGGUGUUAUCGUUGAUUUUGGAGACUCAUACUGGCCCUCAACCCGCGCCAGGGUGCAAUCAUGUUGGCUCGUAUUUACAUUGCUGUUAUGCAGCAACAAGUGUACAAACACUUUAUUGUUCUCUGGUAAAAACCGCAAAUACAUUUUACACUAUAUCAAAGACCUUA